GCGGCCCCCGGCAGAGUCGGCGGCCAGCCUGUCCCGGCCGAGGGCGCCGACACCAAGACCUACCUGUGGGCCAGGUACCACGAGAUGAAGAAGCUGGUUUACGAUCUCCUUCCACCAGGAGUCUGCAAUCUCCUCAACCCUGCCGCCAUCUAUGCUAACAAUGAGAUCAGCCUGGGAGAUGUGGAGAUCUAUGGCUUUGACUACGAUUACACAUUAGCACAGUAUUCUAAUUUACUACACUCCAUGAUUUUCAACACUGCCAGAGACAUCCUAAUAGAACAAUUCAAGUAUCCAGAAGGGCUUGGGAAGUAUGACUACAUUCCUGGAUUUGCCAUACGUGGACUUCACUAUGAUGUACAAAAGAGUCUUCUGAUGAAGAUUGAUGCUUUCCAUUAUGUCCAGCUGGGGACUGCAUAUAGAGGGCUCAAACCGGUGCCUGAUGAGGAGGUGAUCGAACUCUACGGUGGUACACAGCACAUCCCCCUGUACCAGAUGAGUGACUUCUAUGGCAAGGGUCCAUCGCUUAAGCAGUUUAUGGACAUUUUUUCUCUUCCUGAAAUGACAUUGCUCUCUUCAGUCAUUGAUUACUUCAUCACUCAUGGCAUUGAGUUUGACCAGGUGCAUCUCUACAAGGACAUAUCUGAUGCAAUUAGAGAUGUUCAUGUGAAAGGAGUGAUGUACAAAUGGAUUGAAAAAGAUAUGGAACAGUAUAUUCUGCAUGGGGAUGAAAUCUAUGCUGUUCUAAACCGCCUGGUGAACCACAAGAAGAAACUGUUCCUCAUCACAAACAGUCCCUUUAGUUUUGUGGACAAAGGAAUGAAACACAUGGUUGGCAAGAACUGGCGGGACUUAUUUGACAUGGUCAUUGUGCAAGCUGACAAGCCCAACUUCUUCACUGACCGGCGGAAACCUUUUCGAAAACUGGAUGAUAAAGGCUCACUGCAGUGGGACAAAAUAAACCAGCUGGAGAAGGGAAAGAUCUACAAAGAGGGCAACCUCUUUGAUUUCCUGAGGCUGACAGGCUGGCGUGGAUCCAAAGUGCUCUACUUUGGUGACCAUCUGUACAGUGACCUUGCGGACCUCAUGCUGCGUCAUGGCUGGAGGACUGGAGCCAUCGUUCCUGAGCUGGAGACGGAGAUCCGGAUCAUAAACACAGAGCAGUACAUGCACUCCCUGACCUGGCAGCAGGCUCUGACAGGGCUGCUGGAGAGAAUGCAGAUGUAUCAGGAUGCAGAGUCAAAGCAAGUAUUGCUGGAGUGGAUGAAGGAACGGCAGGAGAUCAGGUCCCUGACGAAGAACCUGUUCAACCCCCAGUUUGGAAGCAUCUUCCGCACCUUCCACAACCCCACGUACUUCUCCCGCCGGCUGGUGCGGUUCUCUGAUAUCUACAUGGCUUCCAUCAGCUGCCUGCUCAACUACGACGUGAAUUUCACCUUCUACCCCCGGCGCACCCCUCUGCAGCACGAGGCCCCUCUCUGGAUGGAUCAGCUCUGCACGGGCUGCAUGAAAACCCCCUUCCUGGAGGAGAUGGUGCACAUCCGGUGAAGGGCAGGUACUGCAGGCAGCAGCAGCACAGCCGGGGCUGCAGCGGGGCCGGGCCGCUUGGACCGCAGCACCUCUGUCUACCACUAAAGGGCGUUUGACACUUGCGUAUGUGUGUAGAUGGUGUGUUUAUUUUCUCCCUUCACUGGCUCCAUCCCUUUUCUUGAAGUGCAUUGCAGGCUGGACAGAGGAUGGGUGCUUGUGCAGGGAGUCCUCUCUAGGAGUAGGUGAGAUGGAGGGGCCAAUGCUGGUAGUGAGACACUGCCCCUCCCUGUUCUGUGCCCGGACAUAUGGCUCAGGCAUGGAGCUCCCACAUCUCCAGUGCUUGGUGAGAACAAUCCAGGGGAGGUGUGACAAGGUGUGGCAGUAGCUGCCCCCAGAGCCUGGGACUGCAGCAUGAGUGGCUGACUCUGCAGAUGGACAGGGAGGGUCAGGGCUGCCAGCUGGGCAACCACUCAAGCCCAUUAGUGAGUGCAUCACAUGCCAAAGCAUCAGCAGCGUUACCUGUCCAGCGGCCCUCAGCCCCAUCCUGCUCCCCACCAGCCUGGUCUGUCCAGCUGGGGCCUCUGGUGGAUCACUGGGCAGGAUGUGCAAGCCUUGGCUGUGGGAGUAGGCCACAGGCUCUCACAAUUAGUAUUUGGGGACAUGGCUGGUUUUUGAGAAAGCUUUAAGGCUGUGCACAGUUGGUAUUUUUGGGGUUGGUGCCACGUGACAUAAGUACUUUGGCAAUUGAUAUGGUGUGGUCUGCUGUGAGCUGCCUCAGGGAAGGUGCAGGGUUGGCAGCAGAGAUGGUGACCUCCCACCUGUGUUCACUGUGGCCUAAGGCAGCUGGAGGGGCAGGUGAGGAUGGUUGGGGAGCGGGUGAGUGUGAAGUGCUGUGGGGAGCGCAGCCAGGCAAAGUCCUGUGGUGCCUCCUCAGGGGGAAGAAGAGCAAAGAGAUGCUGAUAGUGACACCAGAGUCUAUAGGAUGGGGCAAGGGUGACAGGCAGGAGGCCCAGGAAGGUGAGAGCCGAUUUAGGAUGGGAGGUGCAGAAAGUGGCUCUGCACCUGGCUCAGGGCCUUGCUGGUCCUGUCCAGGCUUCAGACUGCCCCAGGGCCAUGCCAGGUGUUGGGGAGGGGUAGAGGGCAGGUGAGAUGGAGAGGGGGUGUUGGGAGUUUGUGCCAUUGAUACUGCUUGGCCCUAAGAGACAGGAGCUCAUGCCCUCAGAAGGCUGGUUGGUGUGGGGGAAGUGAUGGCUGUCGGAUGAAGGGUAGUGAUAGUGGUUGCCUUGGUCUUCCUUCUUCUCCCCUCACUGCUGCACCAUUUGCAGCUGGCAACAACGGUGACAGUGCCAGCUUGCUCAGGGACAGUCAGUGUUGAAGUGACAGAGAUGAGAGCGUGAACAGAGAAAGGAGGGCCUGGCAGAGAGCAGGCACAGAGGUGAAUGAGUGACUGGAGCAUGGGUAAGGGCUGUGGGUUUGGAGGGAGCUGGAGCUGAGCAGAGGGGCAGGCACCAGGGGCUUGUGAGCACUGGGCUGUGGUGGUGGCUUUAAGGGCUGUCAGUGCGGGGCAGCCAAGGAAGAGGAAUCAGGGUGGUGUGGAGGACCCUGUGCCAGGACCUGUGUCUCAGAGAAAGGCACUGUGUGUGUCAGAACCCUCAGUGAGUCACACACACACACAGACACACACAGACACACUCUUUUCUCCUGCAUGUUCCUCCUCAGUGCUGUGCCAGGCUGGCCUGUCAGUCUGUCACUUAUGUGUCACUGCCUUGUGUUUGUGCCAUGUGCCAGCCUGUUGCACACUUUCAAGAUGCCUUGUUCUCGACUCAGUGGCUUAGACAAUCUGUUAACGUGGCUGCUCUAAUCAAACACCUGCAGUAGGUGCAUGUGCCACUUGUCUUUGUGCUGUGUCUAGUGUGUAGCUCAAUAAACGUCUGCAGCAUGUGUUA